AUGUCGUCCCCCGUCGAGGAACGUCCCACCUCCAAAUACUCCGAGGACAAGAACCGGAAGAAUCUCCGCCAUGACGAUGGCUAUCCCCACUCCGAGAAAGGCUCCUACGUCCAGGAGGGCUCCAUGGCCAGCACCGGUGACCAUCUGCGCGUCGAUACCUCUGUUCAGGAUUCCGAUCACCACACCUUGCGCUCCGCCUCCGCCCGGAGGGAGCACGCCAUGCGCUUAGAGGACGACCUGGCUGUCCUCGAAGCCGAACGCGUCGUCUCCCGCUCCACCCAGGACCACCAGGAGGAGAAGGCCCCCGCCAGCGCCGGCGCCGCCGAGAACGAGUCCAUCUCGCGAUCCCGCUCUCGACGCUCCCAGACCGUCGACGAGUUCGACGAGGCCACCAAUCCCUUACAUGAGAAGGCUGCCGUCUACAAUCCCCCGGACAACCCCAACACCAACUUUGCCAAAUUCAUCAAGAAGCUCCACGGCUCUAGCUUCGUCAUCCGCUACCUGACUUAUAUCGUUCCUUUGGUUGUCAUUCUUCUCAUCCCGCUUCUUGUCGGCGCCCUCGCCUACCCCAAUGCCAGCGUCGGCGGCGUCGAAUUGCUCUGGUUCUCCGUCUGGUUGGAAAUUGUCUGGCUCACCCUCUGGGCCGGUCGAGUCGUCGCCAAAUGUAUCCCCGUCCCCGUCGGUCUCCUCGCCAGUGUCUUCACCAACAAUGCCAAAAAGUGGCGCGACAUGGCCAAGCAGCUCGAGCUCCAUGCCACCCUCUUCUUCUGGUGGCUCGGCGUCGAGAUCUCCUUCCUCCCCACCAUGAAGAACCACCACAUCGGUGGCAGCCGCGAGACCCGCAGCUGGGAGAGCACCCUGAACAAGAUCAUCAUCUCCAUCUUCGUCUGGACCAUCCUGAACCUCGUCGAGAAGUUCAUCAUCCAGCUCAUCGCCAUCAGCUUCCACACCCGCACCUACGCCGACCGCAUCGAGAUCAACAAGUUCCAGAUCGGCAGCCUGACCAAGCUCUACGAGUUCUCCCGCGCCAAGAUCACCGCCAAGGAUGACGAGUUCGAGGAGCAGGACGAGCAGGGCGGCAGCGGCACCAAGACCCCCAUGCAGCUGCCCUUCCAGUACGCCGGCCGCGCCCAGAAGGUCGCCCGCGGCGCCCUCCACAAGGUCGGCGACGUCGCCGGCGCCGUCGCCGCCGACUUCACCGGCCGCAAGGCCACCAACAGCAACCAUCCCUACCAGGUCGUCCUGACCCUGCUGCGCACCACCACCGGCUGCCAGGUUCUCGCCCGUCGCCUCUACCGCACCUUCGUCCGCGACGGCUUCGAGACCGUCUUCUCCGGCGACCUCAAGGAGGCCUUUGACAACAACGAGGAGGCCGAGGCCGCCUUCAUCAUGUUCGACAAGGACAUGAACGGCGACAUCUCCAUGGACGAGCUCGAGGCCGUCUGCGUCGAGAUCGGCCGCGAGCGCAAGUCCAUCACCGCCUCCCUCAAGGAUCUCGACUCCGUCGUCUCGCGCCUCGACAACGUCCUCGGCUUCUUCGUCGCCGUCAUCACCAUCAUCGUCUUCCUCUCCAUCAUCUCCACCUCCGCCGCCGGCGUCCUCACCUCCGCCGGCUCCAGCGUCCUCGCCCUCUCCUGGCUCUUCUCCGCCACCGCCCAGGAGUUCCUCCAGUCCGUCGUCUUCGUCUUCAUCAAGCACCCCUUCGACGUCGGCGACCGCGUCACCAUCUACGGCAACUCCGGCGACGCCGGCCUCGGCGACGACUACUUCGUCAAGCAGAUCUCCCUGCUCUACACCGAGUUCAAGAAGAUGCAGGGCCACAUCGUCCAGGCCCCCAACAGCUACCUCAACACCCUCUUCGUCCUGAACCAGCGCCGCUCCGGCGCCCUCGCCGAGGCCAUCCCCAUCGUCAUCAAGUACGGCACCACCCUCGAGCAGAUCGACACCCUCCGCCAGCGCCUGCUCGAGUUCGUCCGUAGCGAGCGCCGCGAGUUCCAGACCAACAUCCUCACCGAGAUGCGCCAGGUCACCGAGAACUUCUCCGUCACCCUCAACGUCGUCUUCUUCUACAAGUCUAACUGGCAGAACGAAGGCCUCCGCCUCCAGCGCCGCAACAAGUUCAUCUGCAUGCUCAUGAUCGCCCUCCAGGAGAUCGGCAUCGAGGGCCCGCGCAUGAACCUCCAGGGCGCCCGCCGCGACAUCCCCUUCCACCUGUCCGGCUUUGGCAACCCCACCGGCGCCCCGCCAGGCUCCUCCGACGGCGGCGGCAGCUUCCAGCACCCACCGCCCCCGACCCCGCUCUCCGAAAAGGACACCAUCCCGGAGAACACCGGCGUCAGCAGCGGCGUCAGCACCACCCGCAACGCCUCCAUCCUCCGCAAGGGCAUGAACACCGCGGCCGCCCGCGCCCGCGGCGACACCAUCCAGUCCCGCAAACACGUCGACUUCUCCCUCGGCAUGCGCGACUUGUCCUCCGGCGACGUCAUGGGCGACGUCUUCGAAGACCGCACCACACGCGUCGACGACGUCGUCCGCGAAGCCAACCGCGAGGCCGCCGAGCGCCGCAUGCAAGAAGGCCGCGAGGAGGCCGAAGAACGCCGCAGCCGCGCGUCCUCCUCCCAGGCGCGCAACAACUCGCACUCGACCACCAACCUCAGCGUCCCCUCCCCAGCCGUCGGCCGCCACUCGACCGAGUCCGGCGGCGGCCACAGUCUGUCCUCGCUCAGCCGCAAUCGCUUCUUCCGCCACCGCAGCAGCGUGACGAGCCGCGAACAUGCAGAUCUGGCGGAACAGGGCCGCUACGAGAAUGAUGGCCAUCUCUCUCCUUUCCCUCCGGCCCCGGAUGCGCCCAAUACCGGUAGUCAACCUAGCAAUCCCACGCAUCCCCGCCCUCACCAGCAAUAG